AUGUUCACUCGCUCUCAAACAUCUAAAAAGCUCUGCUUUUCCUUUCAUAGACACAAAUCCCACUUCUCCACUUACAUUGUUGGUGAAAAACCAGUUCUUGUGAGGGAUUUUAUACAUUCUGCAUUAUAUGAUCCAAAACAUGGCUACUUCUCUCAAAGAUCAAGGUCUGUCGGAGUUCUCGAGAGAAGCAUUAAGUUCAAUCAACUUGAAGGCAGAAAAGCUUAUAUGAAGCACUUGGAUGAAAUUUACAAACGGAGUGACACGUCAUGGUUCACCCCAGUAGAGCUUUUUAAGCCUUGGUAUGCCCAUGGGAUUGCUGAAGCCAUAAUGCGUACCGCAAACCUUUCUGUUCCACUACAAAUAUAUGAAAUUGGUGGUGGAUCAGGAACUUGUGCAAAGGGCAUACUGGACUACAUAAUGUUGAAUGCACCUGCAAGAAUAUACAAUGCUAUGACUUAUACCUCAGUGGAAAUCAGUCCCUCUCUGGCUGAAAUGCAAAAAGAAACUGUCGGAGGAGUUCAUAGUCAUUUGUCAAAGUUUAGAGUGGAAUGUCGUGAUGCUGCUGACAGGAGCGGAUGGGGGGAUGCCAAGCAACAACCAUGUUGGGUGAUCAUGCUGGAGGUUCUUGAUAAUCUUCCGCAUGAUCUUGUCUAUUCAGAAAAUCAAGUUUUCCCAUGGAAAGAAGUAUGGGUCGAGAAGCAACCUGAUAAGGAAUCACUUUCCGAGCUGUACAUGCCACUAGAAGACCCAUUAAUUAAGUGUUGUAAUGAGAUUGUGGAAUUGGACAAAAAUCAGUCUGUGUCAAUAGCAAGAAGCAUUUGGUCUAAGGUCUUUCCAAAACCCCGAAGAUGUUGGCUCCCAACUGGCUGCUUGAAACUGCUAGAGGUGCUACAUGAGGCACUACCAAGGAUGUCUUUAAUUGCUUCAGACUUUAGUUACCUACCUGAUGUGAGUAUACCUGGUGAAAGGGCUCCAUUAGUUUCAACCAAGAAAGAUGGCUGCAGCUUAGAUUACAACAGUUAUCUGGAUGCAAAGGGUGAUGCUGAUAUCUUCUUCCCCACGGACUUUUGGCUUUUGGAACGUAUGGACCAUUACUGUUCUGGGUGGAUGAAACCGCAUGGAGAUAACUCAACCAAGCAAGGGAAGAAGAGGCGAACACUUGUACUCGAUACGUCGGCGUUCAUGGAAGAGUUUGGUUUGCCCACCAAGACGAGAACCAAGGAUGGUUACAACCCGCUUCUGGAUGAUUUCAAGAACACUAAAUUUUAUCUUAGUGUUCCAACACACAACAUAAAAUAG